AUGUUAAAAAAAAUCUUCCUAUUAAAAUCAGCCUAUCAUAUUUCUUACUUAUCGCCAACAAUUGGAGUGUCUUCGCAUAGUAUCAUGGGAAAGUUGAGUACUCUCUAUUGCCGUUUGACCCACCAUCGAUCUGCUGUGUGUGAUUCGGAAAAGCAUUUGGAAUACAUGCGUAACCCAAUUUCAUAUAGAUCAGAAUCUUAUAAGGCGGUAAACAAUUCUAACAAGGUAAUAAACAGUGAGCAAGAAAUUGAUUAUUUUGAGAAGUUAGUAGAGAACAGCAUAUUAAGGCAAUGUUUGGGUGAGGUCGGGGUCGUAGACAACCAACGAGAGUCUAGUAGUAGCACCGUUGAAGAAGACCUCGAGAAUAUGCUGCAACUAAUGAUAUUAAGGGACCUGGACUCGGUGGGGCAAGCUGUUCAGCAACGAAGAGGACUUGAGGAAUCUGCCUUUAGCGAUGAAAAGAUCCCUAAAGACAGGUUGAGUACAAUAGACGAAGAAGAAUCUUGUCAAAUAGUUCAAGACUCUGGAAAACUACUGGAUUCGCAUCACAAUAUGCAUAGUCCAGCCAACCUGUCGCACAAACAAAAUGAGUUAAUCGAUAUUAUUACCCAAACAAGUCGACUAAUUUAUGAUCUACAAGAGUUUCGGGAUAAUACAAUGACGGCUUAA